ACUUAUAUUAUAUUAUUAAGUGCAUUGCAAAUAUAUAUAUAAGUUGUGGCAAAAAUCAUGAAAGAAAAGAAUGAAUUCUGGCUAAGGCCAGCAUUUCAUAACAAUUCACCAAAAUGGAAAUAUUUCAAGAAGAAAACUACAACAAAAUUAACGAAAUCGUUGACUAUAUUCUUCUUUCUGCUCGUGGUUUCUCUCUUAUUUUUCGCGGGAUGGUUUGAUCACGCAAAAUACACUAAUCAUUUCUACAAAAAAUUAGCAACCCCAACAAUCAAACCUCAAAUUCUUGAAUUCCCUUUGGAUUGUAAUGCAUGGAAUCAAACCAAUAAAUGUCCAAUAAAUUACCCUACUUCUCAUAAACCCUUAAACCCUAAUAACUCAACAUGUCCUGAGUAUUUUAGAUGGAUUCAUGAAGAUUUAAAACCAUGGAAAGAGACAGGAAUUACUAGAGAAAUGUUGGAGAAAGGGAAAAGAAAUGCACAUUUUAGGUUAAUUAUAUUAGAUGGAAAAACUUAUGUUGAAAAAUAUAACACAAAGAAAUUUAUUCAAACUAGACAUUUGUACACUAUGUAUGGAAUUGUACAACUACUAAGGUGGUACCCUGGAAAAUUACCUAAUUUGGAGAUCAUGUUUGAUACCGAUGACCGGCCGGUCGUCCGAUCGAAAGACUACCGGAAACCUAACUCCGGCCCACCACCGUUGUUCCGAUAUUGUUCAGAUUGGCAUAGUUUGGAUAUUGUCUUCCCGGAUUGGUCGUUCUGGGGCUGGGCUGAGACAAAUAUAAGGCCAUGGAGAAGUGUGAUUAAGGAGAUAAAAGAAGGUAACAAAAGAACAAAAUGGAAGGAUAGGGUACCCUUUGCUUAUUGGAAGGGAAAUCCACAUGUUACACCAAUUAGAAAAGAUCUCAUCAAGUGUAAUAUUACUGACAAACAAAACUUUAAUACUCUCUUAUAUAUCCAGGACUGGAAUGAUCAAUCCAAAAAGGGUUUCAAGGAAUCAGAUCUUGCAAAUCAAUGCACCCAUAGAUAUAAAAUAUAUGUGGAAGGAUGGGCAUGGUCAGUAAGUGAAAAAUACAUUUUGGCUUGUGAUUCACCAACAUUGUACAUAAAACCUCGUUACCAUGAUUUUUUCAUGAGAGGAAUGAUUCCUCAAAAACAUUAUUGGCCCAUUAGAGAAAAUAAUAAAUGUGGUUCCCUCAACUUUGCUGUUCAAUGGGGCAACAAUCACACUCACAAGGCAGAGGAAAUUGGAAAGGCAGGAAGUGAUUUCAUUCAUGAAGAUAUGAAGAUGGAAUAUGUAUUUGAUUACAUAUUCCAUUUGUUAAAUGAAUAUGCAAAGUUACAAAAAUUUGAACCAAAAGUUCCAUUAGAGGCAGUUGAAAUAUGUUCAGAAUCAUUGGCAUGUACUUCACAAGGUAUAUGGAGAAAAUUCAUGGAAGAAGGGUUAGAGAAAUCUCCUAGUUAUACAAAUCCAUGUACACUUCCUCCACCUUAUGAACCUCAAGAAAUCAAAUCAUUUGUUGAACAAAAGAUAAAAGCCACACAACAAGUGGAGGCAUGGGAAAAUGAGUUUUGGAGUAACCAAAACAACAAGCAAUUGUUAUAGCUUAGGGACCUUUUUAAUUAUAUAUGCAACUUAUAAAUACAUAAUAUAUGUUAGUUAUGUUGUACUUGUAUUUUAGGAAAAAUAUUAACUUAAUGUAUUGAUGAUUUGUUAUGUAGAUCUUCUUCAACCUAUUUCUCAUCUUAAUAAAUUAUAGACUUCCAAGUA